AUGUUUUGGAGUGCAGCUAGAAGUACUUAUGAAGAUGCUUACAAGGAAGCCAUUGAUCAAAUUAAAGUAGAGAAUGAAGCUGCCUAUAACAAUUUUUUACAGAGGGAUCCAUCCAAAUUUUGUAAGUCAUUUAUCCGUGAGCUUUCUAAGUGUGAUAUGAUUGAUAACAAUGUCAGUGAAACCUUCAGUGGUUACAUUGUGAAAUUUAGGAGUAUGACCAUUAUAGACAUGCUAGAAGAGAUCGGAUGUGCAUUAAUAGAGAGAAUACACAGUAAGUUGAUGCAUGCUAGUGGUUUAACUGACUCCAUCACACCUAGAAUAAGAACUAAGCUUGAAGAAACCAAGUACAAUAGUAGAUUAUGUACUUGCAAACCUACUGUUGGUGGCAAGUUUCAAGUGAAAAUAGGAGAGGAUCAGUUUGUGGUUGAUAUAAAUAUGCACACUUGUACUUGUAGAGCAUGGCAGAUAACAAGCAUUCCUUGUAUCCAUGCCUGUUCUAGCAUUCAUUGGAUGAACCAGGAUAGUGCAACCUUUAUGGACAAGUACUAUACUGUAAAAACUUAUAUUGAAACCUACAAAAAUGCUCUUGAGCUACUGAAUGGUAGAAAAAUGUGGCCACAAGCUGAUGGGCUUCUAAUCAAGGCACCCAAAUUUAAGAAAAUGUCUAGUAGACCCAAGAAGAAUAGGAAGAGAGAUAUCAUUGAAGAUUCAAAGAAUCCUAAUAAGCUGUCCAGACAAGGAAUUCAAAUGACUUGUGCAGUUUGUGGAGGAGUCAGGCACAACAAGAGGAGUUGUAAGAUGAAAAAUGAUCCAUCUUUCAAGAGGCCUCCUAAAUUGUCAGUCAAGCAUGGCAGGCCACGAAAAGCAACUUCUAGACUUGGAUCUACUGCAACUUCCCUGACAACUCAGUCUGAUGUCCUUAGCUCAAGUGGACCAAGUCAAUUUGCUGGCACACCUUCUCUGGACCAAGUCAAUUUGCUAGCAUACCUUCAAAUGGACCUCAAUCUGGCUAAACCACCAAAAAUAGGUCUCAAAACAGGAAAAAAGAAACUGCAUUAG